GAAAGUGCUGCUGGAGCGCAGUAGUCGGUAUAAAGUCUCUGAGGUGAGAGAGAAGCUGCUGUUUUAUUCUCUACUUCUCCGUGAAGAACACGAGCCAAAUAAAACCGCAGUCAUGUCAGGGGCUGGAUAUUUUUUGUACUUCGCUUUUGGAAGUAAUUUAUUGAAAGAGAGACUGCAGCUGAAUAACCCAUCAGCAACUUUUCACUGCAUCGCUCGACUCCAGGGUUAUGUGCUGCAGUUCACCCUGUCGAGAGAAAGGAUGCAGAACAGUUGGUACGGUGGAGUGGCCACGAUUGAGAAAUGUCCAGAUGAGGACGUCUGGGGUGUGGUGUGGAAAAUGGCGAUGGAAGAUCUCUCAUCUUUAGAUAAACAGGAGGCCGUGGACCAGGGUGUCUACAGCCCCAUGGAGGUGACCGUGGAGACAGAAACUGGGCCGCUUCUGUGUAGAACAUACAAGAUGAACAACACAAUACCCUGUGUUCCUUCACCACAGUACAAAGAGGUCAUAUGUUUAGGUGCCCAACAGAACGGACUACCUGAAGAUUACAUAAAGAAGUUACAGGCUGUGAAGACCAACAACUACACCGGACCCUCACUAAUAGAUCAGAUUAAAAGAACUGAGCAGGGGGGAAAUGUGUAAUUACAGUGAAGUUUUCUUCUUUUUGGAAGGAGUUUCCAAGCUCAGAGCUUGCUGGAGCAUGUCUCAAAAUAAUAUUACCAAGAUGCUGUUGGGGUGGUGAUUUUUAGUUUUUUGGCUUCUUGUAAUGUGUUACCACAUGAUCCUAUGAUAGGGUGUGGUGCCUGUAUGUAUAAAGAGUUGAUUCACUGUUUUUAUCCAUAAUAAAGCAUGAAGACCUUCA